AUGCCAUCAGACACGAGAUGUCCCAUCCCGGACUGUCAUCAAGCUCGGGCUCAGUUUCUCGACCCCAACUUUGACCCCCUUUCGAAUGCUGUGCCGAGAUAUGCUCGCUAUGAAGUAACGGUUACUGAUAUCAUCAAGAUGGGUGCAGAGCAGACGGAUGUGGCGACGAGCGCCAGGACCAGCUUGAGUGUUGUGAGAAACACGGUACUGAUACGAUAG